AUUCUAAAAAUGGGACCUCCCAAGUAGAAGCCGCGCCAGGGUGGGUUUGAUAUGGUUAGGCUUCAUCAGCGUCAAGGGCGCCUCUCCGCUCCCGGCGUUUCAUUUAAGCCCCCAUUUGUGCUUCUUCGUAAACGUUAAAAUUCUCUUUCAAGCCAUUACUCCUCUCUCUCUCUGGCUCUCACUCUCUCACUUUUUCUCUCUACUGUCGUCUGAACUCUCAGACUAAAAACCCUAGGCUGGUGCCAUUGGAGUUCCUUCGAAGCCGCUGAUCCUGAAGGUCUUUUCAGUAUUGUUCUUCAAGUCCGCCACACAGGAUCAUUGCUACGAAAUGGGGGAUAGCGAGAGAAGGGGGCAGGACCUGCAGGAUGGUUCUGAGAUUGACCCAGUUGACGCUGGAGUUGGACACCGUGAAGAAGAGUUGCCUCCCGCAGUGGAGGACCAAAAUCCAAGUGAAAAUGGACAACCGCUUCGUGAAUCGCAUACUUCUAAUGCACAUUUGAGUAAGGAUCAAGAUAUGAUUGAUAAUAAGGAGUCUGGGGACAAGGCUGCACCUGAUGAUGCGGUUGUUAAAAGUGAUGAUAUCCCCCUUGAAAAUCAGCUUGGAGCUGCCACACCACCCUCUCUUGCAAAAUCUUCAACUAUUCUAAAAGUGAAAAAUAAGGACCGGCCAAGAAUGAAGAGUGGACCAAAUGAUACCGAGAUGGCAGAGGCUGAUGACUCAGGUUCUGAAGAGGAGCGAGUGGAAUUUGUGAAGGAAGUGGAAAAUUUUUACAGGGAGAAGUCCCUGGAAUUCAAGGCUCCUAAGUUUUAUGGAGAGCCCCUAAAUUUGUUGAAGUUAUGGAAAGCUGUAACUGGAUUGGGUGGCUAUGAUACGGUGACUGCGUCCAAGUUGUGGCGGCAAGUAGGAGACUCUUUUCACCCUCCAAAAACCUGCACGACAGUUUCUUGGACAUUCCGCAUAUUUUAUGAGAAGGCACUUCUAGAAUAUGAAAAGCAUAAGAGGCAAAUUGGUGACCUCCAGCUUCCUGAUGCAUCCCUCCCAGAGCCUGCAAGUGUUGAAAAUGAGGCAGGUGGGUACCAAACUUCAGGAUCAGGUAGGGCACGAAGAGAUGCUGCUGCUCGUGCCAUGCAAGGUUGGCAUGUUCAGCGCCUUUUUGGUUAUGGCGAGGUUGGUGAACCGAUUAUCAAGGACAAGAACUUUAAUUCUACAACUAAGCGUGAAAAAAAUCUCAAAAGCAUUGGUUUACUAAAGCAAAAGAAACCGACCAACCCAGAACAUGCCAUGAAAGAUGCAGAUGGAGCUAAGCAACUGGUUACUACAGUUGUUGAUGUCGGACCACCUGCUGAUUGGGUGAAGAUCAAUGUGCGCGAAACCAAAGAUUGCUUUGAGGUUUAUGCUCUAGUCCCUGGGCUUCUGCGUGAGGAGGUACGUGUUCAAUCGGAUCCAGCUGGACGUCUAGUUAUAACCGGUCAGCCUGAGCAGCUUGAUAAUCCAUGGGGUAUCACACCAUUUAAAAAGGUCGUAAGCUUACCUGCGAGAAUCGAUCCACUCCAGACAUCAGCUGUUGUUAGCUUGCACGGCCGACUCUUUGUGCGUGUUCCUUUUGAGCAGUCAAAUUUCUGAGAUAACUCAAGCCCACUUUAGUCCUCAGGGAUCAGGUGAAUCAAAUUUAUUUUCAAAGAAUGGCACAAGUUUUGAGAGAGUUUGAGACACAAAGUCCUAGUUCUCAAGAGUAGGCUUGAUGAAUCAAAGCACAAUUGACCCAAUUUGAUUUAGUUUUAGAGGCCUCGUGGACUGUUGAUACUAAACAAUGCUUUAGUUGGGUUGUGGACAGUGGAGGUUUAGACAUUAGGCUUUCAUCUUUCAACUAUGUUGGUGUUGGUGGUACUUGUCCUUCGGUGCUUAGGCCCUUUGAUCAUAUUGUUUUUCCUUUUGAUGCUUUUUCUGUGUAUGGAUCCGUCAAGAGCAGAUGUAUAUAGUUUUGGACUCUGCAAGAAUGUCAAAGGUUUUAGGGUUUGCCUGCCCUCGAUUUAGUCA